AUGACACAAAACAAACACGAGUCGAUUCCCCUCGGGGCAUAUCUCUUCACUCGUCUCAAACAGCUCGGCAUAGGCUCCGUCUUCGGUGUUCCAGGAGACUACAACCUGAAACUCCUCGACUACGUCAAACCGGCCGGUCUGCACUGGAUAGGCAACUGCAAUGAGCUCAACGCCGCCUAUGCUGCAGAUGGCUACUCUCGCAUGCACAGUCUGGGUGUAGUCAUCACAACCUUUGGCGUAGGCGAAUUGUCAGCCAUCAAUGCUAUUGCUGGUGCCUUUGCUGAACGAGCACCGGUACUUCACAUCGUUGGCGCGCCGCCGCGGUCCACCCAGAGCGCAAGACUGAAUGUUCACCAUACCUUCUUGGAUGGCGAGUACAAGAGGUUUGCUGCCAUGCAUACGCAUGUUACCGCUGCGCAGGUCUGUUUGACGGAUGUUAUGAGUGCUGCAGGGAGGAUUGAUUGGAUUAUCGAACAGGCGAUGGUUCACCAAAGACCGGUGUAUCUUCAGAUUCCUGACGAUAUGGUCCAAUUGCCCAUUUCGACAAGUAACUUUGAUGUGAAAAGCGUUAUCAGCCCGUCGCCAGUGGCUACGGAGAUUGAUAUGGGGAGUGUCGAUAAGAUUUUGGAUCGGAUCUACUCAGCUAAGAAACCUCUGAUUCUUGUUGACGGCGAAAGUCGGAAUAUGAACGUCGUUAGUGAGGUCAGCGAGUUGAUCAACAUCACUGCUUGGCCGACCUGGACAUCAGCUUUCGGCAAAGGACUGAUCAAUGAGGAGUUGACCAAUGUGCAUGGUGUUUACCUGGCAAACUGCGGCGACAAGAAGGCAUCCGAGUACUUCAAAGGCUCUGACCUUAUCCUCUUCUUUGGGCCGCACAUGAGUAACAUCAAUACUGGGAUCUUCACAGCGAUUCCCAAUGAGGACGUGACAGUGUCUUUCUCCUUGGAUCAGAUCAAGAUCGCGACGCAAGUCAUCCGAGACCAGCCGCCUCGGGCUUUCAUUCAAAAGCUUCUCAGCAAACUUGACGCGUCGCGACUUGCCAAGAUUGAUGUGCCAACAUUUCUCCCCAAGUCUGGCCCUGGCGAACUUGAACCGUCUGGGAACCUUACUCAAGAACUGUUUUACCCAUACAUCAACUCCAUGUUUCGUCGCGGCGACACCAUCUUGACCGAAACAGGUACUGCUGCAGAAGGUGGAAAGGUUCUCAAACUCCCUGCGGGUUCUCGCUUUUUUACUGCUGUCACGUGGCUAUCAAUUGGUUACAUGCUCCCUGCCACGCUUGGAGUCGCUCUAGCGCGUCGCGAUAAAGACAGUCACAACAAGGAUACGGAGCGCACGAUCCUCUUUAUCGGAGACGGGAGUCUACAGAUGACAGCCCAAGAGAUCAGCGUCAUGGUGAAAGAGAAGCUCAACAUUGUAAUUUUCGUGAUUAACAAUAAUGGUUACACGAUUGAGCGAGUCAUUCACGGGAGGAACCAGGACUAUAAUGACAUCGCACCGUGGAAUUUUAAGCAUGCUCUGGGGUUGUUUGGGUAUAACGAUGAAGAAUUGAAGAAGCGAUACUUCUCUGCCAAGACCUGGGGAGAGUUGAAGACUGCGCUUGAUUCAGAGGUGAUGAAGCAGAAUGAUGGGGUCAAGAUGAUUGAAGUGUUUAUGGACCAGGAAGAUUGCACUGCAGUGUUGAAAGGGUUGUUGGAGAGGCAAAUUGCUAGAGAAGAAGCAUCGACAUAG